CCACAAACUACUCAACCCCUACGAAGGUUGGUUUUUAUUCCUGAAUCUAUGAAAGAAAUGUUUGGAAAACGGAAGAUAUCAAUUUCAUCUAAUAGACAUGAAUUAAAUGAACAAAAAAAACCAAACUUCAAUUCCGAUAUAAUAGUACCUCAAAGAGACCCAAUAACUACAGGCCCUUUGAAAUCUCUCCAUAUCACAUACAAUUCAAAAAUACUUUCUAGAGAUUAUAAGGAAGGCGAAACGGUCCAUAUCCAAGAUUGUCACAAAAACAAAGAUUUACAAAAAGAAAAAAAGCUUUCACAUACUACAACCAAACAACAAACAGAAGCUCUUCAAAAUAGUAUCAAAGAAAUAGAACCCACACGAAAUAGAAACCAAACUUCAUCUAGAAGGGAGAACAGUUUGUACACAGCAGAAAAAAUGAAAGAUUUGGAACAAUCAACAUUAUUUUGGCUAAGAAGUUUGGGAAUGUUACCCAUUCAUAAACCUAUUCCAGUAACGUUAGAAGAAAUUGAAGAAGAAAUCAGAAAUGGCACAUUGUUAUGCAAUUUAGUAGAAUUUAUUAUUGGAGAACCAAUUUUAGGAGUAAAUAGAAAUCCUAAAAUUGAAACAUCAUCAAAAUCCAAUAUUUCAAAGGCAUUCGAUCCCCUAAGAAAUAAGAAGUGGAUGCACCAGAAAAACCUAAUAGAAGAGGAUAUUUUAAUUGGAAACAAAAACACUAUUCUAGCUCUAUUUGAAGAUAUUCGAAGAUACUACGAUGGAAUUCCUCAGAGAACUUCAAAAACCAAGUCUCCUUAUCUUGGGAAUUACUCCCCCAUUGGUCUAGGUGUACCUCAUUACACUUUCCAGAAUAUUCCACCAGUUCCUAAUGAUUUACCCAUUCAACAGAGCACAAAACAAUCCCUUAUCCAACAAAUGAUGAGUUCAAACUUUUAUGAUUGUGAAAAAAUCCCAUUUACAACAGCUUCUCCGACAGAGCUUAAACCAACUACACCAACUCCUACAAGGGGCUCAGCAAUAGAACAAAGAGUAUGUCCAGAACCAUUCUUCCCAUCGUCACAACUAAAAUCUGUAUUCCUUCCCUCGCCCUCAGACAUUAUUCAAACUUUGGAGCUAAUGAAUAAGGACUCGAAGACCAAACAGACUAAUACCCCAAUUCAACAAGACUUUGAAGACUGUGAUCUAGUGAGAAACGAAUUCAAAGAAAACCAAUUUAUAGAAGAAUCAAAAAAAAAGAAACAUAUUCUUUCGUGGAUUGAAAAAGGGCUAGGUAUCAAAGUAGAUAUGGACACAUUCUUUUUUGAAUUAAUGAAUGGAACUAAACUUGCCGAAAUAGUUGCUAGGUGUGAGAUGUCUCACGAACUGAGGGGAGUUGAAAAAAAUCCAAAAAAACCAGCUCACAAAAUUAACAAUGUAAAUAGAGCUCUUUCAGUACUAAGGGAGCACAAAGAUAUGACAAAUUGUAAAUUUAUUUGGUCAACUAAUGAUAUUGUAAAUGGUAACGUAUCUGUAAUAUUGGGACUUUUAUCUGAUUUAUUUUCAUGUUAUUGCAGGAGUAAAUCUAGAUACUUUGAAGAAUAAUAAACCAUCUAGGACUUCAAUUUAAAUGCUC